UGUCUUCGAAAGGGGAAGACUAUCUCGACAACGAGUACUAUACUUACAAUCGAUGGUUAUUUCGAUUGAUAGGCUUAUGGGAAUAUCAGAGAUCGUCGAAGAUAUUGAUUUACGUUUGUUUCAUUAUUGUCAUAGUAAUCAUUGCGGUAUACGAACAGAUUCAUUUAGUCAUCAAUUCCAAAAAAGAUUUGAAUUCAAUAGCGAAAUCAUUUGAAACGGCAUUGCCUACAUUAUGCUUCGGAUCAUGCUAUUACAAUUUAAUAUCUAAUGCUACUAUUGUCUGUAUUUUAUUAAUAUUGAAUGGUUUUUUUUUAAUUUAUCUAAUUUUGAACUAAACAUACCCAAUUCUUGAAACGGAUCAAUUCAAUAUUUAUAUACGUAAAUUUCAGAUGAAGAGAAUUCUUCAUCGUAUACAUUGUGAUUGGAAGAAACUUGCGAACAAGCAGGAAUUAUUAAUACUGAAAGAGUAUGCUACUAUAAGCAGAAUGUGUACCAUUGGAAACAUAAUCUCCUUUUAUUUGUACAUUGGAUUUUUGAUAUUUCCAUCACUUCAAUGUUUCAUUCAGUACAUCUUUGGUGGAGUAAGCUACAAUGAAUUAAUUUUUCCCGUCCGUUUUGAUCAUUUUAUGAAAAAUCGUGUAGGUUACUAUCUUGGUCUUUGGAUUCAGUAUGCAGUAAUAAUCAUUCUAUGUACGAUAGCGAUUGCGAACUAUACGAUGUUUAUUGCAGUAAUACUGCAUGCUUGCGCACUGUUUAAUGUCGUCGUAUGGAGAAUAAAUGAAAGAUUUAAAGAUAACCGAUAUAAUUUUUAUUGCAACCAUGAGAAUGAUAAUUUAUUAGAGGAGAACGAGUGGAUUGUCGAUAUCAUAGAAUUCAAUAAAUCCGUUAUCGAAUUUGUCGAUUUAAUAAAAUUGUUUUACGAGGCAACUAAUCCGUUCGAAGCGUUUCUGGGAAUGUUUAUCAUCAUGAUAGAUUAUUUUUACUUAUUUCAGUUACUUUCUUCUACUGUAAACAAGACCGAUUGUUUAACAAAGUUGUUAUAUGUUAUUGGAUCUAUGUUCGUAAUUUUCGCUUACUUACAUCUUGGACAAAAAUUAAUAGAUCACAACAACUACUUAUUCGCAACAUUAUGUGAAAUUCCGUUUUACUCGUUAUCAUUGAAAACUCAAAAAACAAUACUAUUUUUGAUAAUGAGGAGCAUGAUGGUAUGCAAUUUGUCAUGGAAGGGAGCAGUAGUAGUUUCACACAAUCUAUUUACAGUGUUCAUUCAGAAGUCACUGUCUUUCGCUAUGGUAUUAUAUAAUUUGCAAUGAAUUUAUACGGAGAAAAUACAAUGCGAUAUUAGAUCAUUAU